AUGGAAUCCAAAAAAUUAUUUGUUGGAAAUUUAGCAAGACGAAUUGAUCAAGAUGAUUUACUAAACGUAUUUGGACGAUAUGGAAAAAUAAUUGAAUGUGCAAAAUUUCAUGAGAGUUAUGGUUUCGUUCGUUAUGAUCGUGUCGAAGAUGCAUCAGUUGCUUUACAUGCAACACAGGGUACAAGUUUAAAAAAUCGUCCAAUGAAAGUAGAAUUUGCACAGAGUGACACAUUACCAGAAAAGCCGUUAUCAUCACCACCAAGACAAAUAUCAGCUUCAGGAAGAAAAAACUGUGUUAAUCGUAUACUACGUUUUCAAACUGACAACGCACAUUCAAAACCGAGAACUAGAAAAUCGAUGGAAAAAUCCAUACAAAAAAUUCAGAUUUCUAAAUAUUGUGUACUGCUUAAUACAUCUUGUGACUUAACAACUCCACCUUCGUCUCCAUCAACAACAACAUCAACAACUGUCUCAUCAUCCUUACCCAUGUCACCUGCAUCUUCAUUAUCUUGCUGUUCGUCAAACAGUUUUUAUCAAUUUAUAGAUUGGUCACCAAAUGAUAAUAAUAGUUUGUAUCCAAUAUGGAAUUUUGUUAUGUUUCCUGAACUUGCAUUAAAACCAGAAGAAUUAUCAAGUUAUAUUUUAUAUUGA